ACAACGUAAACAUGCCCACAUGGCUGCACAUCGCAUCGGUUUCGUUCUCCGCGCUCUCACUGUAAAGAACGAAAAGAACAGUCGAAAUGGGUAGAGAACGCGACAGGAGUGACCGUCACGAAUCAAGUCACAAACGCAAGCUCAGUGACGACCACGGUGACCGCGACAGCGAACGCAGCAAGCACAGGCGACGGCACAGCUCAUCGAGGUGUGACAGUGAAGAUCACGGUGAUCGCGACAGUAGCCACAGGAAGCAUAGGCGACGAUACAGCUCACCAAAGCGUGAUAGUGACUGCCAAAAUGAUCGCGACAGUGCGCCGAGGAAGCACGGACAACGGGACGGUGGGCCAAGAGAUAGCGACCGGGUCCCACCGAAACCAAACAGUGGAACUUCAGAAUGCAAGAAUCUGUCGCAAUUUCGCCAUGACCUCACGCGAAUAUUCUUUGGUGACAACAGCCCUAUCAAUAGGCAUUCUAAGCAAUAUGACAACUUUUGGACAUUCCUGAAGAAGUAUGAAGAGCGAAAGCAGAAAACCGCAAUUGAAGCUGGGACUUCGAAAUCUGACCCAUCGGAGUGUGCUGACCCGUCACUGGGCCUACCUGCCAUUUACGAUCCUCUCCACAAAGUGAACUUUUCCAUGUUCCCCGAGGAGCCCAGAGUCCUCAUGCUCGAUGCCGGUGUUCACAUUGACAGCAGUGACACGUCACAGUCGCUUACCGAAGAGGAAGUGGCCGAAGUGCGAAAUGUUUUCCACCUCUAUCUUGACUUCCUGCAAAGGCAAAAGUUUCAGAAGCUCAAGAAACUGCGUGAAUUCCAAAAGAACCUCCCAAUCGCUCAGUACAAGGACACCAUCCUGAAAGUGGUGUCGGAGAACAGUGUUGUGCUGAUCGCUGGCGACACCGGCUGUGGGAAAUCUACGCAGAUACCGCAGUACCUACUCAGCGGAGGACUAGAAGGCAUCGUAUGCACACAGCCACGAAGGAUUGCUGCAAUCUCCCUGUGCAAGCGUGUCGCCUAUGAGACAUUGAACGAGUAUGGAACCCACAUUGGGUACCAGAUUCGGUUCGAGAAGCGCCGUAGCAAGCACACAAAGAUGCUGUUCCUGACAGAGGGACUGCUGCUACGACAGAUUGCCAGUGACCCCAUGCUGAAGGAAUACAAUGUCAUCAUCCUUGAUGAAAUUCACGAGCGACAUCUCACAUGUGACUUUCUCUUGGGCGUUGUGAAGUGCCUUAUGCAGCACAGGAAAGACUUGAAGAUUAUCCUGAUGUCUGCGACCAUUAAUAUCCAGCUUUUCUCCCAGUAUUUCUACAACUGUCCUGUUGUACAGGUGCCUGGACGGCUGUUCCCAAUUCAGAUACAGUACCACCCCGUCACUGUGGAGGAAAAACGUUCUCGUACGGGCCGUCUCAAUCCUGCUCCCUAUGUCAAGUUGCUGAGCCUCAUCGACAACAAGUACCCCAGCAACGAGCGGGGUGACCUGCUGGUAUUCUUGAGUGGCAUGAGCGAGAUCUCGGCCGUACAAGAGGCAGCAGAAGAGUAUGCCAACCAAAAUGGCCACUGGGUCAUCCUCCCCUUGCACAGUACACUUUCGCUGGCUGAACAGGACAAGGUUUUCGACUACGCACCAGAAAAGGUACGAAAGUGCAUUCUGUCAACCAACAUUGCCGAGACAUCCGUGACCAUUGAUGGCGUUCGGUUUGUCGUGGACUCCGGGAAAGUGAAGGAGAUGAGUUACGACUCAGCCAGCCACAUGCAAAAGCUCAAGGAGUUCUGGAUCAGCCGUGCCAGCGCUGAACAGCGCAAAGGUCGUGCAGGCAGAACGGGGCCUGGCGUGUGUUUCCGGCUCUACUCUGAGGCCGAGUACGAGGCGCUGGCCGCAUACUCAACACCGGAGAUUCAGCGCGUGCCCCUCAAUUCGCUGCUGCUCCAGCUUGUGGCACUCGGACUGCCAGAUGUACGGAAGUUUCCCUUCCUGGAGCCGCCACCCUCGGAGAGCAUAGAGGAGGCAGUCCAGACACUCAAGGAACAAGGUGCCCUCACUGCGGACGAAGACCUGACGCCAACAGGCCGGAUUCUGGCGCAGCUUCCUGUGGACGUCACCAUUGGGAAAGUCCUCAUUCUCGGCUGCGUCUUUCGACUGGUCGACUCCAUACUGUCACUCGCCGCUGCCCUUAGCAUCCAGUCCCCAUUCACGCAGAGGUCGUUUCGAGACCUUGACGCUUCGGCAGCACGCAAGAGCGUGGACUCUGACCACGGUGACCCAUUUACGCUGCUGAAUGCGUACCACGAAUGGCUUUCAGCCAAGUCGAGCUAUGGCGAAGACACAAGAAAAUGGUGUCGCCGUCUGGGCCUGGAAGAGCAGCGUUUUUACGAGAUGACCAAGCUGCGAAGCCAGUUCAAGCAGCUGCUUCAGGAGGUGGGCCUGAUGGAGAGUGAAGUUGAGGCCGUGGACAGUGUCGCCCGAAUCCAGCGCCAUGGCGAGAUGAAACAGCUGAGGGAUCUGCGGCGGCAGCUGCAGAAGGCGCCGCGAAAGAAGCGCGUGCUCCGCGUCGGGCACUGGGGCGACGAGGACGAGGAAGACGAGCAAGUCGACAUCAAGGAUGUUGAGUUCAGGCUGCAGCAGGACCCUACCUUAGUUCAGGAGUUCCUUCGUCGCAGCCGCAGUUUUGGCUUCCACGACCUCAGCCUGAUGAAGCUGAUCUUGUGCUCUGGCGUGUACCCUCAGAUUGCCAUCUCGGAUGACCACAAUUCGUACAAACGAGACUCGGACCAACUUUUCCACACCAAGGGCAAAGGGUUUGUGGUCCUCCAUCCCAACAGCGUCCUCGCACUGCAUGCGGAGGUGCUGCGUCUGGACGACAUGGAUGUCCUGGUAGUCCCCAACUUCAGGAGUAACCUGCCCGUCAGCGCGAAGCACCAAGUGGUAGCAUUCAUGUCUUUGCUGGAAACAACCAAGCCCUACUUGCUGAACUGCUUAAGGGUGCAGUGUGUCCAGAUGUUGCUGUUGGUAUCUUCUGCCAUAGAUUCCAGCAUGACAAUGUCAAGGUUGGUCUUUGACGAAUUUGUUGAAGUUACCUUUCCUGAUCCGGAUGAAGCUCUGCAACUUCUGCUUAAGGUCCUCGCUGCACGAAGCCUUUAUGAGAGAUUGGUUGCCUACAUGCUCGAAGAAACAUUGUCUUCUGAGGAAAAAAAAGAGCCCAGCUCAAAGGUGAAGCACCUGCAGAAGCGGUUGCGAAAGAGAUAUGACGCCGUGCUGAAGACGGAGAUAGCCUACACGGUGAAGCGUCUGCUGCCUGCCGACGUGAAGCAUCUCUACGCUGGUGCUCAAGCAUUCCGUGCACUAGCACAAGAAAAUGAAGACCACCUGUCUGAAGAUCGCUUUAAAGUGAAUCCGAGGAAAGGAGGAGUUUUCAUCAGCAGCUACUUCACCUUUGGGUGCCUUGAAGAAAUCAGCAUGCCUGAGGAGGCGCUCAUGAACAAAACAUGCAAGUGCCCCCUAUGCGACAUGGAGCUCCCAUUUGCAGUUAUGGAUGCUGUUCUUCACUUGGACUCUUGUGACAAGGAUAACCUAAUCACCAAAGAUGCUGAAAGCUGCCCCCAGGCGGAAGACGAGGUAGCAGGCGAGGAGCACAAUGAUCCUUUGAAAAAGGCCUACUUCUGCAAGGAGUGCAACAGGGAGCUGCGGCUGACGCUGCCGGAGAUAUUCCAGCACAGAAAGACGCACCAGUCUACGUCGCAAGCGCGUUUUCAGGGGGCUUUCCAGGGCAACUCACACCUGCCAUCACUGACAAGACAUGGUGCCAUAUGCCGAUUCCCAUUCCUGCAGAGACAAUACCCAAGGAGUGCAGCCCAAUUGGUGAAUGCAGAUGAGCCCGUUUAAACAGCAGUGUGAGUUGUGUAUGCUGGCCAUCAACAGCAGCGAUAUGUUCGAUGGCCUUUGGAAACAAUCCACAGAUCUAUCAUAUCAAAUUCUACACUUCUAUGUCAACUCCCACAACGAAUUGCAACUCACCGCAGCUGCACAGUAACUGGCCACAUAAAAGACUCGGUGGAGGGGGGAUCGCAGAAGGAUAAUCAUCUGGGCAAAUUGGUUACCUGCGUGUCGUAGCCAAAAAAGUGCAAAGCUAACAGAGAGAAGCACCUGCUUGCUGGCUGUGUUCUUGUGAUGAUUCUAGGGUUAUGCUUCCUAGCAAGGCAACAGUCUGGUAUAUUCAUCCUAAUCACGUGUUAUGUGUGGUUAUGAAUGAUUUGCAACUUAUAAAGCAAAACAUCCAGAUAAGAUGGAGAUUCGAAGUGAUGAGCAGUGUCAACGAAGCAAGGCAAGCCUGGGGCCAAGGUUUCGACAAGGGCUCCACACUGAGGCUGCUAUUGCUCAAGCACUUGUCGAUCACUUUGAUGCAAAGUGCAAGUAGAACAAGGGGAACAGAGAAGCUCAAUCCUUCGUUAGUCAUAACCACAAGAAUCAAACAGUCUGUGUAGCCACAAAAAGUAUAGGGGAACUUGCCACAACUAGGAGCCAAACCCACAUUUUUUGCAUUAAGCGUGCAGUGCUUUACCAUUAAAGCUACUGCAAUGGCUACCCUCCUGUCCACUUUCUUGGGUAUGUGCAUAAGAUUAGCCUUGGACUUGCACUUUAUAUGGAACAUAGGCUUCUUUCAGCACGAUCUGAUGGAGGAAAGACUUUCAAUGUGUAAUGACUGUUUUGGUUUUGUGCGCUGUACCGUACAAUUUAUCAGGUGCUGUAAUUAAAGGGGCUCUCCUUAGUCCGAACUUCGUUUCGUUGUAAUAAAUUUCCAGUUUUCUUGGAGUUCAAAUUAUGAUUCUACUGUAUUAACCUACGCAUCAUCACUAAGGAGGCUUCUUAUGAAGUUUUGUGGUGCUUGUCGAAUGUGAAACUAAGCUAUUCGCUGCCUCUUUACGUUGCAGCAUU